AUAUUAUGGCGGAUCUUCGAACUUUGGUUAUCGGGGGCCAAAAACUAUUUACAGAUAUGGAGACACUAUUUUAAAAUUAGAUAAUAUAACUUUUUUUUUUGUAUAGAUGUAUGAUAUUUAAUUAGAUAACUUUCGACAUUGCAAAAAGACGAAAUAGAAAAGUUAAAAAUUUAAAGUUUUAAAUGUUAUAAAGUUAAACAUGUAUAUAGAAAAAACAAAGAUAAAAAAAUAGUAAUCAAUGAAUUAUAAAACUGAGCUUAGAAAAGGAAAGAAAAUGCUGUCAAAAAAAUAAAAAAUACUAAGCAUCAUGAUUCAUGACUCAUGAGCACGUGCUGCCUACUACCUAAUACAGUAAUAUUUUGGGUUUUUUUUGGGCUAGACAAAAUAGCAAGUGUAUUAUUUCUCAAAUCUUUCAGGGGUCAGGCCCAAUCCUGCUCUUGUAAGAUCCGCCUCUCCCCCUCUACAUAACUUACUGUUCUUAAAACUAUUUUAAUUGAAAAUUUUCAUAGCAUGUCUAUAGUUUUCUAAUCUUUUUGAACACUUCUUUAUGUCUCUAAUCUUUUCGAACCUUUCUUAAUUUUUCUAUACAUUUAUAAGUUUUUCCGAUUUUUUCAAAUUUUACUAAACUUUUCAUAAUUUUGCCAACUUUUCUUAUUUUAUUUAAAUUUUCCAGAAUUUAUAAAAUUUUAUUUAUUUUUCAAAAAACAAAAAAACAGAAGAGACUUAAGUAGGAGAACUCCAAAAACAAAAUAAUGGGAGAAAUUAUAAGCAACAAAUUCGUGACAAUAAAACAUCACAUAGAUGGAGCACCAAAGGAGGAAGAUUUUGAGUUCAUUACUGCAAAUAUUAGCAUAUCUUCCAUUGUGGCAGACUCCUCCAACUUUGUGCUGGUCAAAUGUCUUCAUGUUCCCAUUGAUCCAUACCAGCUCAACCGCAUGAAGAAAUAUUGCCCUUCUCAUAAUUCAACUUAUGUGGCUACUAAAUUGGUUCCUGGCAAGCCAAUUAAUGGAGCAGGAAUUGGUAAAGUCAUGGCUUCAGGGCAUCCUGAAUUCCAAAAAGACGAUCUAGUCUCUGGAGAAUUGAUUUGGGCAAAUUAUGUGCUGGUGGAGGAUGUCAAGUUACUCAGAAAAUUAGAUCCAAUGGGAUUUCCCUUGUCAUACCACGCUGGAAUUUUUGGAUCGAGUGGGCUCACAGCAUAUGUUGGAUUUUUUCGUUUGGGCAAGCCGAAGAAGGGAGAGAGAGUGUUGGUAUCAGCUGCUUCAGGAUCAGUAGGAAAUAUAGUAGGCCAAUACGCUAAGUUAUUAGGCUGCUAUGUUGUGGGAUGCGCAGGAACCCCACAAAAGGUAGCUUUAUUAAAGGAUAAGCUUGGCUUUGAUGAUGCAUUCAAUUACAAAGAAGAGGGUGACUACAACCUAGCUCUUAAAAGAUACUUCCCAGAAGGAAUUGACAUAUAUUUUGACAAUGUGGGAGGAGAAAUGCUAGAAGCAGCAGUUGCAAACAUGAACACUUUUGGUAGGGUGGUUGUUUGCGGGGUAAUAUCUCAGUACACUGAUCCUACAGGAAGAAGGGCUUCUCCUGACAUGAUCAACGUCAUUUAUAAGCGAAUCACCAUCCAAGGAUUCUUGGCUACAGAUUAUACAGAUGAACAUAAUUUCACAGAUUUUGUAUCAACAACUAGUAGCUAUCUUCGGGCAGAUCAAAUGCAAGUUAUCGAAGAUAUCUCUUUUGGACUUGAGAGUAUACCUUCAGCUUUUGUGGGUCUCUUUUGUGGGAGUAACACUGGCAAGACCAUUGUUCAAAUUGCGCAGGAUUAAUCAGUUAAUAAUCUUAUGUUGACCAUUGUUCAAAUUGCGCAGGAUUAAUCAAAGUACUUGUGUUGCAAUUAGUCUUUAACAUUUAUUUUCUACAAGUGUGUUUUUUAUGUUUCCAAACCCAACCAAAAUCAAUCAAUGAGUCAUAUGUUUUUGCUUGUAUAUGUGGUUGAGAACUUGAGAUUAUUUGCGGGACCUUUUGUUGAGGGUUGCAAUAUGUUAUGCAGAUUGCAACUGUUU